AUGGCUGAAGUUAACAUCUCAUACGUCACUGAAUUCAUUCUCAAGGGAAUUACAGACCGGCCAGAGCUUCAGGUCCCGUGCUUCGUGGUGUUUUUCGUUAUCUAUCUGGUCACGGUGCUGGGAAACCUCGGGCUGAUUGCCUUGAUCAGGAUCGACCCUCGACUCCACACCCCCAUGUACUAUUUCCUCAGCCACUUGGCUUUUGUCGACCUUUGUUACUCCUCUGUGAUUACGCCGAAGAUGAUGGUGAAUUUUGUUGUGCAACCCAACAUUAUCUCUUUCCACGCCUGUGCAGCACAGCUGGGCUGUUUUCUCACCUUCAUGAUCACUGAGUGUUUCCUCCUGGCCUCCAUGGCCUACGACCGCUAUGUCGCCAUCUGUAGCCCCCUGCAUUACUCCACACUGAUGUCAAAAAGGGUCUGCAUCCAGCUAGUGGCAGUGCCUUAUGCCUACAGCUUUCUGGUUGCCCUCUUCCACACCAUUAUCACCUUCCGUCUGACUUACUGUGGCCCCAAUGUAAUUAACCAUUUCUACUGUGAUGACCUCCCACUGCUGGCCCUGUCCUGCUCAGACACACGCAUGAAGGAAAUUCUGAUUUUUGCCUUUGCUGGCUUUGAUAUGAUCUGCUCUUCCUCCAUUGUCAUCACCUCCUAUCUCUUCAUCAUUGCCGCCAUCCUAAGGAUCCGCUCUACCCAGGGGCGUCGCAAGGCCAUCUCCACCUGUGGCUCCCACAUGGUGGCUGUUACUAUUUUCUAUGGCACCCUGAUCUUUAUGUACCUGCAGCCCAAGUCAAACCACUCCCUGGACACAGACAAGAUGGCCUCUGUGUUUUACACUGUGGUGAUCCCCAUGUUGAACCCCCUGAUCUACAGUCUCAGGAACAAAGAGGUGAAAGAUGCCUCCAAGAAAGCCUUGGAUAAAGGCUGGGAAACCUUAAAAAUAUUAAAACUAGUAAAACAGUAA